GCAUUCUUCAAUACAUAUGGUUUGGUUGCGAAAUGUCCACCCACCAAUCGAAUCACGUGCGUCGCGACGACGUGUUCUAAUAUCAACUCUCGCCUUAAAUGUGAUUUCUUCCAUUUUCAAAAAUUUCCCAAGUGGACUCAUGAAAAGUAUACUAAGAUGAUAGUACAAGAAAAAACGAUUAUUGUGGUGGUAUUUGCACUUCUAAUUUAUUCUGAGGACAAUUUAGGUAGAGCUUUUCAACCGGAAUUUAUCACUCCCAUUGCCAACGUAACUGUAGCAAUUGGAAGAGACGCAGUUUUCACUUGUUUAGUGGAACAUUUAGGGGGUUACAGGGCAAGUUGGGUGAAAGCGGAUACAAAAGCCAUUCAAGCAAUUCACGAUCAUGUAAUAACUCAUAAUCCACGAGUGUAUGUGUCACAUGGUGAUCAUUCAACAUGGAGCUUACAUAUAAAAGGUGUUCAAUUAGAAGAUGCAGGCGUGUAUAUGUGCCAAAUAAAUACUGAUCCAAUGAAAAGCCAGACAGGUGUCUUAACCGUACUUGUUCCUCCGGACUUUUUAUCAGGAGAAACGUCAAGUGACGUUAUGGUCAGAGAAGGUGGACAAGUAACAUUAACUUGCCAUGCAAAAGGAGUUCCGCAACCUACUGUCAGCUGGCGUCGAGAAGAUGGAAAAGACAUUGUUUUACGUCAAGUACUUUUAGGAAAAACAAUUCAAAAGCCAAAUAAAAUUGUUGUUUCAGAAUAUAAAGGAGAAGAAUUAAAAUUAAUAAACGUUCUCCGACAUGAAAUGGGUGCCUACUUCUGUAUUGCUAGCAAUGGAGUUCCUCCAGCAGUCAGCAAACGUAUCAUCGUUAAUAUACAUUUUCCUCCAAUAAUCCAUGUGCCUAAUCAACUAGUUGGGGCUCCACUAGGGACAGAUGUAGAUUUGGAAUGUUUUGUCGAAGCAUCACCCAAAGCGAUAAAUUAUUGGGUUAAAGAGACGGGGUCAAUGAUUAUUUCUAACUCAAGACAUGAUGUUCAAACAACCAUUAAAUCACCAUUUGAAGUUCGUAUGAAACUAACAAUCCGAAAUUUACAAAGGCAAGACGUAGGCUCUUAUCGUUGUGCAGCGAAGAAUUCUUUGGGAGAGAUGGAGAGUAAUAUCCGUUUAUAUGAAAUUUCGGGACCCUCGAGAACUCAGACGGUACUUCUUCCUGCUCUUUCUGAUGAAAACCAAGAUGAAGAGGAUGUUAGUGUUAUUAUUGUUGGUGCAAAUAAUAUAGAAAAAAAGGAAAAUAAACCAGUAGACAAUACAGUUCAUGGUCACAUAGGAUACCCAACAGCUUCCAUAAUACCACCUACCACUAAGUUAAAUAAAAAACAUUUCUCUAAUCCUAAAAUUUCAUCAUCGAGGGGCAACAAAUUACAAUCCAGUAACAGUAUUUUUAAGGUGCUAAUAAUUGUGCUUGCAAACCUCAAAUGGCAACAAUAAGCAAUCGGAGCAUUUAAUGUAUUAUAUAUAUAUUAUAAACGGCUUGACGAUUCAUUAAAGAAUUCUGUUAUAUGCACUAUCAAAUAAAAUAUACCUCAAAAAAGCAAGGAAGAAAAAGGAGUCUAUAUAUAAGAUUUUUAUCAACAAAAAUGUUAAGGGUUGUAAAAUUUCUUUUACAAAAUCUAUAAACAAAAUCAUAAAGAUAUACACAAAGAAAUGAUGUUUUAUGUAAUAUUAUGAAAUAUAUGUAUAAUAAUAUUACAUCCGUUUACUUUUAUUUUAUAUAAUAGUCAUAUGUAAAAAUUCAAAAUUUUUACAUAAGCAAAAUUUACUUGAAGGGCAUCACUAAGACGAGACAAACAAUGCGAGUCGACUCCUUUGGUAAACAAUUUUAACAUAAUAAUAGUAAUUAUGAAUAAACUAAAGGUAUGUAGACCUGAUUCGUGAUAAUCCUUAACUGUUUUAUUUUUACUAUUUUACUACUUUAUACUUAAUAAAUUCAGAAAUAUACUUGAGGGUGACGAGAAAUUUGCUAAUUCAUAUGAAACUAGAAACAAAAAUAUAUAAUUGAAAUUUCUUUAAUCAUAUUAAUCUUCUAGAUAUGGAAUUUAUUGUGAAAAUGAAAUUGAAAUGACACUAUUUUAUUCAGCCAAACCAUUCUUCGAAAGAAGAAUGUUAAUUAACAGCCACUCAAACUCGAUAUGCAAGACUCCCUCUGAAGAUAACAGCUUCAACAGCAAUAGUACGAUUCACCUUACUAUAGGAGUAAAUGAGCAUCCUGUCUGAAUUUUUAUACAAAUAUUAAUCGCCGAUGCAUAGCAUGCACACUUAUAAAAAACAAAACAUACAGUGGAAAGGAAUAAUUAAUAA